AUGGGUAAAAGUUCUUGUGGAUUGACGGGGGCAGCUGGAGUUCAGUUGAAAAAGAAGUUAAGAAAAAGAAAACAGAAUGCACGACUGAGGAAGCUGUUGCACCCAAAGAAUGCCAUUACGGUUCUGCGUGAACUGAAAGCUGGAAUAAACUUUACAUUUCACGAGUAUAAAAAUGCUCUAACACAAACUAUGUUUGUUGUUAGUGCUGAGGUGGAUGGGAAGGUGUAUGUAGGUGGAGGUUUAUCCAAAUCAAUAGCUAAGCAAAAUGCUGCUGAAAAAGCUCUAAAAGACUUACUUUUGGAAAGAAUGUUUGAUGCAGCAGUGAAAACACAGAAACGGCAUAAUGCAGAAGUUGUUGAACCCAUGCAGCAGGAAGUGAACAAUGCAGCUGGCAGUGGUGUUUCUGAUGAUGGAAGUAUGGCUGAAAGUGCACAAGCAUUGGGAAAGCCACCAGUCCCAGAGGAUGAUGUGCCAUGGGGAAAUGUGGCUUCAUUUGCCCUGUACAAAUUAUUUACUGAAUGGCAGAGUCAAGGUACACAUGUACCUCUUCCUUUUUGUAAACAGAAACGAGUUUUGCCACCUCCAGCAAGGCCUCUGGUUCUGGCAGCAGAUUCUCCCAUGAAAAAAAUUCCAGAAAACCCAACUGGUUGUCAUCCUGUUCUCUUAUUACAUAAUUUAAAACCAGAAAUACAGUUCACUGAAGCUAGGCAGGAACACACACAUCCAGAUGAGAGAUUUACAAUGUCAGUAACUGUUGAUGGGAAGACUUACAGUGGUGUGGGUAAAACCAAAAAGGAGGCAAAGAAAGCAGCAGCUAUUGCAUGUUUUGCUGGAUCAUUCAAGAUAUGCUACUAA